AUGGAAAAGCCUGCCAGGACGACCCUGAGUACCACUCGUCCUUCGGACAACUGGUCAUCCAAGGGCGGGUGGUACCUCGUGUGCGCCUACUGCGCCUGGGAGACCAUCGCUCUGACGCUGUCGACGCUCUACUCCUUCGCGCAGCCAGUCGUGCAGGAGAGGUAUGGCGUGGGUAACGUCCAGAUCGUCACGCUGGGCCAGUCCAUGCAGAUCAUGGGCAAUAUGCUAGGUGUAUCGCUGUUGAGCCCCCUCUCGGAUGUCUUUGGCCGUAAGAGAGUGACAAUAUUCUCCAUGCUGGCUUACUCCAUCCUCAAUCUAGGCACAGCAUACGCACCCAACCUACCCACCCUCAUUGUCUUCAUGUUUCUGAGCGGCGCCGCCUGGUCAACCUCCCUCUCGCUCGUCCCCGCCGUCUUCAGCGACCUGUACCUAGACAGAGACGACAUUGGCCAGCCCAUUGCGCUCUUUGUCAUCGGUGCCAGCGUCGGGCCCACCCUCGGCGGUGUCGUCGCCACAGCUCUCAUGGACGCCGGGGCUGAUCUCAAAUGGUACUUUUUGAUCACCGUCUUUGUUAGUGCCGCGUGCGCUAUUCCCAUGUCUUUUGUGCCCGAGUCUUCCAAUGCGGCCCGGGCCGGUGAUGGAAGCAAGGCCACCGGUCCGGUUCCGCAGACUAAGCUUGACGCCGGUCCAACCCCCCGUGGGGGGUGGUAUUUCCUGACGAGAGUCUGGUACCUUCUCGCUACAGAGCCCAUCAUCUGGAUCACGGGUAUCUACAACGGCCUCGCUAACGGUGUCUUCGUUCUCACUGUUGGGGGGUCCAUCACGACUCUGACGGAUUUCAAGGGUCUUCCCCUGAUGGAAGCUGCCAUCUCCAUCAUCUUCAUGGCCAUUGGCGUGGUCCUCGUAUGGUUCGUGAUGCCCACACAGACCCGCCUCUACAGGGAAGACAAAAUACGACACCACGGCAGCGCCAUUCCCGAAUCGCGACUCCUGCUCGUUCAGGACGUGAUCUGGAUGUUCCCCGUAGCCUUAUUCUGGUCCGCUUUCACAGGCGGCGCCGCGUGGGGUAAGUGGCACCAGGCCUUGACGGGCGGCGUCGUUGCGUUUACAGACUCGUUCCUGUACCAGUGCCUCUUGAUCUACAUUCUGGCUGUGCACUUUGGUGUCCCCAUGUUUCAGAAGCUCGGCCCGGAGUGGGCUUUUGGUCUGCUGGCUGUCUUUACGGCUGGGUUUGUGGUACCUGGGUUUUACGCCAUCAAGAGAUACGGACUUGCGAUGCGGGGGAGGUCCCCCGCGACUAAGAAGGGCUUCCGGCUUUGA